AUGGAGCAGUACACGGAGAACUACUGUUGGGUUCAAAACACCUACUGGAUACCUUUCCAGGACCUGAUACCUCAUCGAUUGGACGAUCGAGAACGGCGACAGAUCGGCUACUACCAAUGGGUACCGUUCGUGUUGGCCGUGGCCGCUCUGAUGUUUCACAUUCCCUCGUCAGUCUGGCGAAUGCUCUCAAGUCAAAGCGAUGAUGCUUUGAUGUAUCAAAGAGAGCAUGGCGCACGAAAGAAGAACGUUUACAUCUUUGCCGUCGUCCGAGUAGGAAAAUUUUACGGUGCCUACGUGUCGACGGUGUAUGUGUUCAUAAAGUCGCUGCAUCUGUGCAAUGUAGUCCUGCAGUUUCUUCUGCUGAACUCCUUCCUCGAGACGGCCGAGUACCCACUGUUCGGCGCGCACGUUCUCUACGAUCUACUGCUGGUGAGUGAAGUAAUU